AUGAGAACUGGUUUUUUGUAUUCUCCUAGGUUUGAAGCCAUGGUUAUUCUCUUGGGGUUAACACUUUGUAAUGUGCUUGGGGAGGGUGACUUGGGCUUAGCUAGACUGAAGAUUGUGGAAGGAAGAAAAGGAAACAACCCCGGAAGGCAUGCAGUGAAAUCCAUUCAGAGUGAAGAUGGUGACAUUAUAGAUUGCAUUGACAUUUACAAGCAGCCUGCGUUGGAUCAUCCUGCUUUGAGGAAUCACAUCAUCCAGAUGACGCCAAGUUAUAACCCAACUAUGGAGGAAACUCCAGCGAGUGAACAAUCUUCCAGGAUUAUGACAUCUCAACUAUGGCAGAAAAGUGGAAGCUGCCCGAAAGGAACAAUCCCAGUUCGCAGAACCCGGAAUAAAGGGCUAUUAUCCGACUCUGGGGAAGGCCAUUCGAAGAAGAAACCAAGCUAUAAACCUGUUAAGGAGCCAAGCAAUAAGGAGACUCCAUUAUCCCUUCAACAAAUAAACCAAGUGAAUCACUCGAAGGCAAUAUUGCUAACAGCAGGGUAUAAUUAUGCUGGGGUCAAAGGAGACAUCAAAGUCUGGAAUCCUCAUGUUGAAUCUGAUGAUGAAUACAGUACAUCUAGAAUCAGCCUCAGAAAUGGCCCUUACUUUGAUUUUGAGUGCGUUGAAUCUGGAUGGGCGGUGAACCCGACUGUCUACGGAGACAGACAAACUCGAUUAUAUGUGUACUGGACUGCUGAUGCAUCAAACUCAACAGGUUGUUUUGAUGUGACUUGCCCGGGCUUUGUUCAAAUUAGCAAUGAAAUUGCUCUUGGAGCAGCAAUUUAUCCUAUCUCAGUCUUCGGCGGGCUCCCAUAUCAGAUAACUCUCUUCAUGUUUAAGGAUCCCAAAACAAGCAAUAUAUGGGUGCAGUAUGGAGAAAAAACCAACAUAGGGUAUUGGCCAAGAACCUUGUUUACAAGAUUGAGUCAGGGUGCAGAAUCCGCAGAGUGGGGAGGCGAUGUCUACAGCUCCAAGUUAAGGCGCUCUCCCCAUACAAAAACAGCCAUGGGUAAUGGAAGAUUUCCUGAUUAUAUCACUGGCAAUUCAGGAUUCGUGAAAAGAAUGCGAGUACUUGACAUCUCUUAUAACUUGAAGUUCCCAGAGUGGGUGGGUAGCCAAGUGGAUGAAUACAACUGCUAUCGUUCGACAUAUGUUGGAGAUUACAUUGAAGAUCCUGAAUUCUAUUUUGGGGGCCCAGGCAGGAAUCUCAUGUGCCCUUAA